CAUUCAACAUGACACCAUGAGACUGAACUAUGAAACUUGUAUUGUUGGAUCCAAGUGUGUGCUUGUGCCCUAUCGUCCUUGUCACGUGGAGAGGUAUCAUGAGUGGAUGAAGCAUCCCUAUUUGCUAGAAAUGACGGGCUCCGAGCCUUUGUCACUUCAGGAAGAAAUUGACAUGCAAAUAUCUUGGCGAGACGAUGACCAAAAGUGUACCUUUAUUGUCCUGGCCAGGGAGAAAUGUAACUUUCUGGACUCCGGCGACUUGACCCUGGAAGAUGCUAAUUUUCCCCAACGAAACCUAGAGGCAAUGGUGGGCGAUGUGAAUCUCUUCUUUUCAGAAGAAGAAGACGAGGAGGAGGAGGUUGAAGAUACAAUAUCACCCCCAAAAGAGAAACCAACCCAACAAUUACAGGCUGAACUAGAUAUUAUGAUUGCAGAGGAAGAUUGCAGAGGUCAGGGGCUGGGGAAAGAAGCAAGCUGUCUCAUGAUGCUGUACGGGACCAAGGCCAAAACUAUACGUAGAUUCUUUUGCAAAAUCAAAGAAAACAAUCAACCUUCCUUAUCCCUCUUUCAAAAGAAGCUAGGAUUUCAACAAUGCGCCUAUGCUGCCUGCUUUCAGGAAUUCGAACUGGAACGCAGGGAGAAUUCGUCUGACGAGACGAGAGAGGGUAUACAAGCUAUGCUAGGCGAUGCCUUUCAAUGGACUACAUUCAAAUGCCCAAUAAAAAUAGAGGAGAGCAAGACAGUAGACUAA